GUCAUUUUGUUACAAUUAAUUAUUCUAUAUUCUUUAUGAGUGUUCGUAAGUACUCGCUGUGGGUGUGUCCGCCCAGCCAUUCGCCGGCGCACGCGCUGCUCGACGGUGUAAUCAGCAAGUUUUCGUCAUCACUCAGCACGCCCCGCUUCCCACCGCACGCAACACUGGUGUCGCCAGUAUAUGCAGCAAGCGAUUCUUCAGCGAUAGCGCAAGUGACAAACUAUGUCAAGAAACUACACGAGCAGCUCGGCACUGACAUAGUAGGCAACGGCAUUCCGGUCUGCGUGCAAAGGGUGGCCACAGGGAUCAAAUUCUACCAAUGUGUGCUUUUGGAGGCACCGGGGAGUGACGUUCUUGUUGCGGCUAAUGGUGUUGCCCGUGGACAUUGGGGGAUCAAUAGGGAUGUGCCAGUGUUUUAUGCUCAUGUUAGUUUGGUGUAUGGCGAGUUUGAGGGCGAAGAGCUGGCGCGGGUGGCAGAGCGAGUGGGUGCUGGGCUUCCAGGUGACUUUGAAGAGAGUUUAUCGUUUGUUGCGACGGAAAUCAGAGUCAUCGAGACUGUUGGUUCGUGUGACCAGUGGCGCGAUAUUGGUGGUGUUUCGAUUAUAUUAGACAAGUGAUUAUAUAUUUAUUCAGCUAAAUAAAACA